GUGUGUACUGUAUGCGUUUUCUCUCACAGGAAUAGUUAAAUGUGAUCAUAGAGGUGCUUCAAACCCAGCAGGAUGGAUGAACAGGACCGAGUGAGUCAAGCCUCUAGUGUGGUCACAGUUUUGUCAACCAGAGACCAGACUGACAAGAAACCACAGUCAUUCUGUAAAAGGUCUGGCUCAGUGCAAAGAGAUCCAAACUGCGCAGUGGUGAUCAGAGGCUGGCUUUAUAAAAGAGACAGUACAGGGCUAAAGUUGUGGAAAAGAAGAUGGUUUGUUUUGUCUAACUACUGUCUAUUUUACUAUAAAGACAGCAGGGAGGAAUGUGUGUUAGGGAGUCUUCCUCUCCCAAGCUAUAAGAUUUUCUUCUGCUCUCCAAGAGAAUGUAAGAACAGGAAGUAUGCCUUUAAGGUGGUUCAUCAGGGAAUGCGAUCAUAUUUCUUCAGUGCUGAGACUCAGGAGGACAUGUUGGGUUGGGUCAGAGCUCUCAGCCAAUCAGCAUGCAUGGAGAAUGAUGAUCUCGUCAACAGACGCUGCUCCAGUUAUCAUGACUUCUCUCAGCUAGGAGGCAGCAGUGAAUCAGAGAACCCCCUGCAUGUGUAUAGAACCCAGAACAAACCAUCUUACUGUACUGCGGGGAAUGGGGACAUGGCAGAUCACAAGGGGAGACACAGAGUUACACAAAAUUCUGGUAUUCGAACCCGAUCUCUGAGUUUGGACCGUAUAGGGGAAGAUCACUUGCUGUAUCAGGGGUCAGGCCCAUCAACCCCCAGAAGUCAUUAUGAGUCACGAUCUCAAAGCCCACUGGUCAGAGGUGACCUACGACCUCAGGUUUAUUCUACACAUUACUCACCUGUACACAAAGCAGAAAGCAAGGGGAUUCAUUCUGAUCAACUACCCCCCUUACCUCUCUCCAAAAUUACCCACAAUCCUCCUGGCCCUUUCCAUUACAGUACUGUUUCUGUAUGUGUUUCCAUUAAGUAUGGUCUUGUAUAGUAUUACAAUCUGUGUCUAUAUUAUUAAGGCCCAAGCACUAUGGGGUG